GAUUCCUUAUGGUAACGCUGUGGCUUCCCGUAUGGAAAGUGAGAAAGAAGCAUGUGUUCUGGAUCUUCAAGACUCCGGUGAAGGAGAGACACUACGAGAGGGCAUUGAGAUGAUAAAUGAAAAUGAGGAAGCAGAACCCCAGAGCAUACAGAAAGAAGUCAAGGAGAUUCACAGAGGGGCAGAAAUGCAGCAAGAACUGUCUCCAGAGAAGGAAGUCACGGAAGAAGGUCGUCCAGUAGAAACCACUCAACGUGAGAACAGUAAUGGUGAAUCUGUAAUUUUUGUGGAACAGGAAUCUACGGAUAAUCUUUCUGAUAAUGACAAGAUUCCCAAAGCCACUAUCUGCCCUGAUUGUGGGAAAAGCUUUAGUAACAGUUCUCAUCUAGUCCGGCAUCGUCGUGUCCAUACAGGUGAGAAACCGUACAAAUGCCCCCACUGUGACAAGAGCUACCGCCAAGACUCCCACCUGGUCCAGCAUAUGCGCUCUCACACAGGUGAGAAGCCGUACCGCUGUACGCACUGUGGCAAGGGCUUCUCCCAGAGCUCCAAUCUCAUCAUCCACCUGCGGACACACACGGGCGAGCGCCCCUUCACCUGCCCAGAGUGUGGGCGGAGCUUCAGCCACAGUUCCGACCUCAUUCAGCACAAGCGGAUCCAUACCGGCGAGAAGCCCUACGUCUGCUCCAUCUGUGGCAAAUGCUUUUCGCAGAGCUCCAAGGUCACCCAGCACAAGCGCUUCCACUCCGGGGAACGGCCCUUUUCCUGUGGGGAAUGCACCAAGACGUUCCGUCUCCGCGCCGACCUGGUCCGUCACCUCCGUGCCCACACCGGGGAGCGGCCCUUUGGUUGCCCAGAGUGUGGGAAGCACUUUGCCGAGAGCUCCCACCUUAUCCGACACCAGAGGAUCCACAUGAGCGAGCGGCCCUUCCGCUGUCCGGACUGCGGGAAAGGCUUCAACCAGAGCUCCAACCUCCAGCAGCACCAGCGCGUGCAUCGAGGCCAGAAACCCUUCAAGUGCGACGAGUGUGGGAAAGGGUUUGGCGUGAGCUCGGCGCUUUUGCAACACCAGCGCACGCACACGGGGGAACGGCCCUACUGCUGCAGCCAGUGCGGGAAGAGUUUCAGCAUCAGCUCCACCUACCACAUACACCAGCGAAUCCACGCUGGCCAAAAGCCCUACUCGUGCGCCGUGUGCGGGAAAGGGUUUGUGCGCAGCUCCGCUCUCCUUCAGCAUCAAGCCACCCACACGGGCGAGAAGCCCUUCCGAUGCCCGUACUGCGGAAGGGGCUUUGGACAGAAGUCGGCCCUCUCCCAGCACCGGCGAGCCCACGUGAGGCGAGGGGAGGCCCUGGCUUUGGUGGAAGGGUGGGAAGCUGCCGGCAUGGAAGGUGUGGGGGUCCAGGGGGUAGGAGGAGCGUUGGACAGCCUGUGGCAAGGCAAUGGGAUAGGCAUUAUGGGGCAGGAGUGGCAGGGGGAUGGGGACGAGAGCAUGAGGCCGGGGUGGGAGGAGGAUGGAGACGAGGCCAUGAGGGCGGAGUGGCAGGAUGAGGCCGAGGAGAGCAUGGAGCAGCGGUUGUGGGGGGAUGGCAGGGAGAGCAUGAGGCAGGACCGGAAGGGCAGUGCGGAUGAAACGGUGAAGGCCGAGUGGCAGGACGACAAGGACGAGGGAAUGGAGCAGGCCUCGCAGACUGAUUGUACUGAGAGCGUGAAGCUGGAGUGCCAGGAGGACGACGACGGGGAAGGAGAGGAGAGGGCGGAGGAGCGUUUGCAGGCUGACGGGACUGAGGGCAUGAAGCUGGAGUGUCAAGACGACGACGAGAGCGCAGGGGAGGAUUGGCAGGACGAUGAAAACACGAGGGGAAAGCGUCAGGGUGAGAAGGUGGGGCAAGACUGGCAGGACGAUCGAGAGGAGGAGCGGGGGGAUGUGGGGGACGAGAAUUUAAGGCGGGAGACGCUGAGUGUGGUGCAGGAGUGGCAGGACAGCGAAGGCGACAGCGAGCGAGAGAGUUGGCCGGGAGAUGGGGAAGAUAGCUUGGAGGGAGAGGAGGGCAAGGGCAGGAGACGACCGGAUUGCCGGGAUGCAGAGGAGGGCCUGGUGGAAUUAAAGUGA